UCUACCGCCUAGGUACAGUUGCUGCGCGAACCUUGGAGAAGCUGGCUGAAAACAUUUCAUGCGCAUGGAGUUCUCUCUCUGCUGACUUUGACAUUUGAGUGAUAUUGUUACAUACUUAUUCAUUCAUAUUAUAUUUUAUUUCCCACAAGACUACGACUGUGUGAAUUCUCUGCUUUACCUGAUGUUCAGAGUUUGAAUCAUCCGCAACGGCAUGCCUGGAAUGGUGCGUUAGCAACGCGCUUGGAAAAUCAUCGCCAGGCAAAGUAAAGUGGUUUGGUGAAUCUCCUGCUGUCUGGUUCUGCUGUUCCAACAUGACCUCAGGCUACUGAAGACCUUCCUGUUAUUCCUCCUCCUGCUCUCUGUAUCACUCCUACUACUAUAUUCUCCAAUGGGCUCCCACAGUCAAAGUGGCUUUUUCCACCAUCACCACCACAGCUCCGUGGUGCCCACGGCCGUGCCCAGGCUUCUCACAGAGAACGGCAGUCUGCUAGGGGGCAUCGCCCAGAUCACCCCCAACCUCUUCCUGAGCCGGGGCAACGUGGCGUCCAACCGCAGCCUGCUGCUGUCCAAGGGCAUCACCUGCGUGAUCAACGCCACUAUUGAGCUGCCCAACUUCAACUGGCCCCACGUGGAGUAUGUGAAGGUGCCCCUGGCGGACAUGCCCCACUCCCCCCUCUCUCUGUACUUCGACAGCAUAGCUGAUAAGAUCCACAGUGUGGGGAGAAAGCGGGGGGCUGUGCUGGUGCACUGUGCUGCAGGGGUGAGCCGCUCAGCCUCCCUGUGCCUGGCCUACCUGAUGAAAUACCACCGCGUGUCUCUGGCCGAGGCCCACGCUUGGGUCAAGGCCCGCCGGCCAGUCAUCCGGCCCAACGGGGGCUUCUGGAUUCAGCUCAUCGACUACGAAAAGAAGCUGUUUGGCAGGAACUCUGUGAAAAUGGUGCAGACGCCCUAUGGGGUGAUACCUGACAUCUACGAGCGGGAGCGCAGGAAUCUGGCACCCUACUGGGGCCUGUAGAGGAGGGCUGGGGCCUCGCCAAGGGGGGAGGGAAGGAGACGGAGAAGAGUGUCCUCCAGUGCUGCCGGUUCAUGCAUGUUCCCCCAGCCAGAGAUGCAGAGUGAGAUGAAGUGUGUGACUGUCUGUCUAUGUGAAGCUUAAUUAAUGAAUGCAUUGGGAUGGAGGGAGUCUUAGUAAUCAGUCACUACACUGCCGACUUGUAACUGGUGGGUGAUGCUACACUACACUGCAUCGAACCCCCGUCUGUCUGUCUCUGAGAGGGAGCAAGGCCACCUCAAGUCUGGAAUCCUCAGGACCAAAGGAGUAACAGAACCACGACCAAGCCAGACCACAGAUCAGCUGACAUGGCCAGACCCAGACUGUGACUUUGGAGUCUAGCUUGACUCCCCAGACUCCAAAGAACAGGAGCAUUCUGGGAAGGUGUAGGCGGUGCUUUAGACUCAGCAAUUCUGACAGGAAGCGGUGUGACUCACAGAAGUCCAGUCCCGACGUAACGUCAUGUGAUGCUAUUGUGCCAGUUUUGCUGUUGUCUUUAAUGUGAGAACUAGCAGCAGUCCUGCUCUGUUUAAAACUCUACAAUUUCUUUUUGACAAAUUGAAUUAUGCUCUUGGGAGAAAACUGAAAUCAAGAAAAAUAAAAGAUAUGGUGCACAAUUAAUAUUUAAAGCUGUUAGGGUAUACACAUUUUUAAUCAAGACAACAUCUAAGGCUUAUAGUGUGUACACUUAAAAGUCCCUAUUUACUAUGGGGGAUGAUCGUGCAGAAUAUACUGUACUGGUACUAAUAUUGUACAAUAUUAUGCUAUUUUAGAAUGUCACCACCCUCUGUUAAGAGGAAGAGAGUACUGUGUUAGGGGCUUCGGAGAAACACACUUUCUAUUUCCCUAUUUUUGCCUCAUAUUGAUGUUUAAGUUAAAAGAACACUGGUGUGCUGUCAUUGAUAAACCUUCCUCUUUUUUUUGUGGUUUGGAAGAAGUCUAUACGCUACACACGAAAAGCUUUAAAUAAAAUGUUAAUAUUACUGUAGCAAGUGAACAAUGCCCUUGUCACAGGUGUAAGCAUAAAGCCAAGCUUCCAUGAAUUUUGUGCUCUAUUCAGUCGAUCGCUGAAGCGUUACAGAUUGUGCAAUUGAAAUGUAAAGGUAAUUUCCGAUUGAGCCGACAUAUGCAGCGUUUAC